AGAUUUCCAACAAAAUGAUCAACUUAUCAGAAGAUUCAUUUAUGAAAUCAAGAGGAAGCAUUUAGAUCUAGGCACAUGGAUUGAAUGUCAUUCACAAUUUGCCACAUUUUCUGGACAAUAUGCCAAACAAAACCAGCAAUGUGACACGGCCAAAGGCGACUCAAAAAAAGCAGACUGCUCGCCAAGACACAGACUCACCAUUAAAGACUCGGGACGUGGUUCCAUUCACAGAAAACAGACUCUACGUCAUCAACAAGUCAGGGACGGGCGACGUCUGCUACCUGCUCGUGAAAGAGAAGUUCUCCGCCAUUUUGUCCUAUCACGUGCACACGGAGAGAUGGGCCAAGACCGUGAACUUGUCGGACUUUGGAGUGGUCGCCCUUGGGAAGUUUGUUUAUGUUAUUGGAGGAUUUCACAAGCUACGAAAUGCAUGCGUCAACAAAGUGAGGAGGUUUGACCCAGCUGAAGUCACUUGGUCUCAUUGCGCCAAUUUGCUGACCGCCAGAUGCAAGUUUGGGGUUUGCACAUUCCGUGGAAAGAUUUUUGUUUGUGGUGGAGAGAAAGAUGGGAAAAUUACUUCCGGUUGUGAAAUGUAUGACCCGGAAGCAGAUAUCUGGACAAAGUGUGAGAAGCUGAUUCAACCCAGAUCUAGUCCCGCCUGCACUUCACUAGGAGACGUCAUCGUAUGUGCUGGGGGCUAUUUCAACGGACAAAUCCAUGACAACUUUUGGAACAGGAUCUAUGACAGAAACAGAUGGCAAGAGCUUGGAAGCCAUUCUCCCAUCAAGUUACCUUACUGCCUACAGAAAUGUGCAGUAACUCUUGCAGGGGACACCCCCGGACUCUUCUUUGUUGGAGGUGCUUCUUCCAAAGUACAGAAAGGGGUGGACAACUCUGGUGAAGAGACGCCAGUCAACAUGGCUUACACCGAGAGGAGAAUCUUUUCCAGCAACGCAGACGUCACAGUCAAAGGGCAACAAUUCAACUUAUUCUCGAUGUGGAAUACUGCAUUCCCUCCCAUGUUUUGUGCAAGACACAAUGCCGGUGCUGUAGCGAUUGGUCAAAACAUCCACGUGAUCGGAGGCACCACGGUCGAGACAGGCGAUCACGUGACAGUCGCGGAGAGAUUUGACCUAAUUAGGGGAGAGUGGACCAAGGAUUUCACAUUAAAAAACUGCGAUGUCUCAAAUGUGAGUUGUCUCCUCAUGGAAGUCUCGAAAACGCCGAUGUCUGAACGCAAGAUGAUGCAGCAGAGGCUAAAGUGGAUCUUGUGGUGAUCUUUCAACUGCUGCUGAUCUCAACAUUUUAUCUCAGGGCUAUGUGUCAACACUCGCAGCCGUCUUGCUCUUUGACGCCAUCUCAGCACAUCAUUGCGUCAGUCCUAGCUUCGACCAUAACAACCGGUGUCAGCGGACAUUCAUCUAAAGAAAGAAUCUUUGCGGGGAAAAAAAACAAACACCAACGACAAUGAGCUGUGUAUUAUAAUACGGACCUAAUUUUGUUAAAAAAAAUAUGAUUAAAAUGAGUCUGGAAAAGCCUUAGCUAGAUUAUCAAAGACUCAACAAACGCUUUGAGAGAACAACUAAACGCUGAAUAAUUUAAUGGUGAAACACUGCAUUCCUGGCUGCCGCCAUAUUGCAUGGAAUCCUAACAAAAAAACAUAAAACUCAAGGGAGACUACUCCAACAAAUACAUAAUACGUUUUAAGCAUUAGGCUUAAUGUUCUUAACAUACUAACACCUUAGUUUACAGUACACACUGAAUAUCACUUAAGCCUACUAUAUGCAGAACCGGACAUAUGUAACGGUGACUCUAGGCAGGAUUUCUGUCAAGAUAAUAGAACUGCAUUGAAUUAACUUGCAUUUGCAUUUUAAAUACAAAUUGGACAAUAAGCUUAUCGUAUUCAAAUCUUUUUUUUUACAAAAUCAAGUCUGUCUGUCUGUCUGUCUGUAUGUCUUUAAAAAGUGUGUACACGUUAUUUCUUCAACACCCAUUCUCGGAUCAAGCUGAAACUUCGCACAAUUAUUCAUUGACAUAGACAAGACAUGCGUCAACCCGUGGUCUUUGCCACGUCACAGGUCUGCCGUAUGAAUCACCCGCCCACUUGCUAAUUUAAUAUCAUUUUCCGUAAAUCUAUGUGUACAUAAAAAUGAGAAUUUUUAAAAUUAAUUGUUUCUUUUCGUCGUCUGCGCCUGCCCUUAGCGAGUUCUUUUCUUUGGGACUCAAAUGUUUGUUCCGCGUCUGCUGCCAGCUACCUUGGUCUACGUCAGAGAGAGCAAAUAGCGCCAGAGUUGAUCUCUAUAGCGCUUCCAGGGGGGCGGGGGCGCCUCUGUUAGGUCGUCUUCCUUUUAGGUGUCCAGAAAAGAUUGCCUUUGUCAUGCAGUCAGACCCUAUGCCGGUUAGGGUGUCCUACCCAACGCAGCUAUCAAAUAGUAAACGGUGCUUCUAAACUGUCCACACCAUUCUCCAGUGGAACAUGGCUAUUUUGAAGUCAGACGUGCCAACGUAUGCCCAUUAUAAAGCUAUUGCCUCUUUGAUGGGCGCGUUUGAGGAGCAUUAAAUACCUCACAAGGAGCACCCAGGUCUCAGUGCCAAAAUUUUUGUAAAAAUGAAUUGUUUUCAAAUAAAAGAAAUAUAUAGUAA